UCUCCUUCCUGCAGGGUUCCCAGCACCAUGAGGGCCUGGAUCUUCUUUCUCCUCUGCCUAGCUGGGAGGGCCUUGGCAGCCCCUCAGCAGGAAGCCCUGCCUGAUGAGACAGAGGUGGUGGAGGAAACCGUGGCAGAGGUGACCGAGGAACCUGUGGGAGCCAACCCCGUCCAGGUGGAAGUAGGAGAAUUUGAUGAAGGAGCUGAGGAAGCUGAAGAGGAGGUGGUGGCUGAAAACCCCUGUCAGAACCACCACUGCAAACAUGGCAAGGUGUGCGAGCUGGAUGAGAACAACACCCCCAUGUGUGUGUGCCAGGACCCCACCAGCUGUCCUGCCCCCAUUGGCGAGUUUGAGAAGGUAAAGUCUGUGGGAUGGGUACAGGG